GGUAGGCUGUAGGCAGGCACCUCCGCUCCUGUCCUCUUCUCUCGUCGCUUCCUCCGUCUCUCGGCGUCGAAUCUCCUCCAACCACCGCGCACACUCUACUCGACGCCCGGUGGAAGGAGUUCUCCGGGAUUUGAGCUGUUUCUGCCCUCACCUCCGCUAGGCCGGCGUCGAGUGGAGAUCCAAUCGGAAAUCGAACUGACUUCAUCUUCUGUUGCAUCCCCGUCAGGAUAAGCCAUGCCAGGAGUGAUCACAAAGUUCGCGGUUACAUCCAUGGUGAUGUGGAUGGCCCCGGUUGCGAUCGUUUAUGGGUUCUACUACCAGGCGUUUCCAGGUGUGAGUCGGAUGUCAUCCUCGGCGCAGACACUCGCCAGCGGGUUCCUGGCUGUCAUAUCGGUUAAUCUGGUGAUCGGCUUGUACAUAUUCAUGGCGAUGAAGGAGACUCGACACCAGGAGCCACAGCCAGACCCGACCUUCCUGGCAAACGCCAAAGCGAGUAUCAACCAGCCAACAUCCUCUCAACCGAGUGAUGAUUCCAAGGGGAAGGGAAAGGUUGAGUAAGCCGUAGCAUGUCAUGUUGAUUUUUGGUCUUGUGUAUGUUAAGUGCGUGCUGUUUAGGAGGAAUAGUUGUGCGUGCACGCCAUAACACAACAUCGCAAUCUUUAAAGUUCAUGAUUUUGCUGUAAUUCUUGACAGUUAUGGUCAUGGAGCAAUGUGAAGUUGAAACUUUUGUCCG